AUGAAGACAGGUACAUCUCUUCUAAUCCUAUUCCUUUAUAUCCUAUACAAUGAAUCCUUCAAGGCCCUUGGGCUUUCACUGGGAAGAUGUACAACACAACCAAGUUACAAACAGUCAAUGAUUGCUGGGUUAAAAGGCAACGUAGAAGCCACCAAAAGUUGCUUGGGGAAUGCUUGCAAAAGUCUUGUUCGUGAGGUAAAAGAUCAUCCACUCUCGGCUUGUCUUGUCGGAUUCUCCCUAUGUGCAUCGGGGGUCCAGUGGAGUAACCUAGUGGACCUUAAGGGUCAUAAGGCCUCAAAGUGCCCUCUUGAUAUAUCCGAGGACUUGAGAAAUAUACUUGUUUUACCAGAGUCCACUGCCAUUGGAGCAGUUUUAGUUCCAUUAAUGUACAGCCUCUUGAGACAAUUAGAAGAAGCCGAAGGAACAAGAAAGGCACUAAGGCGUGUUACUGUAGAUUUUGUGGCAUUAUCAGUAUUUAGAAAGUUGAUAGGUGAAAAUUUGGACACAUUUGCAUUUAUCCGCUCAUUGCAUGCGUUGACUAGCAUCCCUCCCAAAGGCGAGGAUGUGCUACAUUCGUACUAUAGAUGGACAAUCGCCAUCGAGUUACUUAGUGAGUAUCUCAUAUUUUCAGAAAAGGAAUUUAGUCUAACAGCAACAGCAAUACUUGCUGGAAUAGUCAGCCGUUCCCUUGAAUGA